UCGUUCUCUCUGUCUUUCGCAGCUAUUGAAUGCAAGUGUAGCACAAAAGAAUGUCGCCAAGAACGAACAGAGAGCUGUACAGCAAAAUAUGCUUGUUACGUGGAAAUACAUGUUGACGAUAACGGCAAACAGACAGGCUCCGUUCUAAGGGGUUGCAUAGACACAAAAGCAUCGCUACUCUGUGAGAACAGACGACCAGAAAAUAUUCGGAUUAAUAAGCCUUGGCCCUAUUUAUAUUGCUGUGAACAGGAUUUCUGUAACCAGCAAGUCUUACCCACGCUGCCCACCAACAACAAGAUUACGGUUUCAAGUCCAGCGAGUGGUAGACCCUCAACCGUCUACCCUAUGUCCCACCUACAAGCCGUUAGUCGUCCGAACACAAGGAGUGUGAACCCGAUGUACAUCGCUAUACCUUUAGUCGGAGUGUGCAUUUUGUUAGCCCUGAUAGUGUUCGCCCUUUAUUUGCUUCGACAACGGACAGAAUAUAACAGUUUCCAGUCUCCUGCCUCCGGAGUCAGCAACCCCAGCUCAACCAAUGACCAUUUUGAUGUCAAUGGCAUUCACAGAGGCAAACAUUCAGUUAUGGAUUUACCUUCGCGAAAUUCCAAGUCACAACCUGCAGUUAAUACGACGGAAAGCAGCUCAGGCUGCGCUACUAGUGCCGCUGCGACGGCAGCUUCCGCCGUGGCAGCGGUGGCAGCAGAAGCUGCAACUUCCGGUUCAUCAUUGUCGAAAUCAGUUUGUAAUAACAGAGACUUGAUCAGCCAUUGUUCAGAAAGCGACAGAUCAUCGUCUGGCAGUGAAACAAAACUGUUUCUCCAGGUUUAGACGUUAUCAACUGCCGCAGCAGGAGACUCACUUCAAAAAUGUAAAUUUAAACAACAACAACAACAAACAACAAGAACUACUACAUCAGCAACAGCAGCAGCGGCAGCAGCAGCAAAACAACUAUUACCACGAUAACAGCUGUAACAACAACAUUAACAUAUAAUCUUAAGUGAAAAACAACAGCAAUAUUAACAAAAAAAAAAACAAUUGACAAUAUGAACAAAAAGAAAAAGGAAACAACAUAAUGUAAAAUUUAAAACAACAUUUAAUUAAUCAGUGAAAACAAAAAAACAACCACAGCAACACAAACAACAACACUUUGAACAAAGAAUGGAAAUAGCAGAAAAGCAAACAAAAUUUAAAAAAAUAAGCGUAAUGGAAACUAUAUCCGUAUCAACAACUACAAUAGCUUCAACAACAACAACACAACAACAA